UAGAGAAAACAUUAUCCAUCACUGUUCCGAACAGUCUGUGGCAUUUUAGAAUAAAUAAUAAAUAUUUAUAUUUACAAUGAGCGCCGGAAAAGAGAUAAAGGCCUUAAUCAAGGACAUCCGGGAUACGAUCAAGCUGGGCAAACAUGCAGAGGCCAUACCCAAGUGUCAACGCUUACUGAAAUCGGAACCAAAAAACGCAAUGGGCUACUUGUUGCUCGGAGCCGCCUACCAAAAUCUGGACAAGGCAGAGGCUGCUAAGAACCUGAGGCAAUGCAUCGAAUUCACUGAGGGACCCGCCACCGCUGCACUUCUGGGGCUGGCCAACUGUGCGCCCAUUAACGAACUGCCGGAAAUCUAUGAUCAACUGGCUGAUUUGCAACCAGAACAGUCCCUGGAAUAUUGGGAAAAGCUUUUUAACUUGGCCUCGGACGCGAGUAUUGCACCCGCUUGCUUUUCUGUUCUGAAAAAGAGAGUUAAGAACAUAAAGGAUAAUAAUUUUUUAAAAAUACAGGAAUAUUUGGGACGUAUUUGGUUCGCUAACGAUUUAGAAAUAAACCCAGAGGAUACUCAACUUUACAAGACAACGAUAGAAACUCUGCUGGAGAGCUCGGAUGCAAAUGCAAAGAGUGUCGUCUACAAGCGUUAUCUCAAAUGGCUUUAUAAGGAAAAGGACUAUUUGGCCUGUGUGCGGAACGCCUGCAAUAUGACCGAAUCGCACCCAAAAGAUGCCUAUGGCUACGAGUGGAUAUGCAAGACAUACUGCGAAAACCAUGAUCAACCCAAAAAAGAACUGUGGCAGAAAGAGCUAAGGCAUCCCAUUCAGAUUUACGCUGAGCAGCUCCUGGAACUGAAUCCAAACUCUAACUUGGCUUUGUUGAUCAAGGCACUUGAUCUGUAUCAUGAGGGUCAGUUUGUGGCAUCGAGACAGUUGGUGUUACAGGCGCAGCAAAGUCAUCCCACAUACAAGGUUACACUGGAGCUGUUGGCUCGCAUUCACAUGGAACUGGGCGCGUAUAAGCUUGCAGUUCACCUGUGGCAGCAAUUAGGUGAGAAAAAUAGUGCUUAUGCUCUAUGUUUGUCCCACGAAAAGGAUGAUUCAAAAUUAAGGGAAGCCGUUCGUAUGUUGCAAGCGUUAGAGAAGACCGAGGACAAUGUUAAGUCUUUGGCUCGUUGCUACUUCAAGCUGGGUGAAGUGCAGUUGUUGAAAGAUUUGCCUUUGGAUGAAGUUUCCAAAGCGGAAUUCAUCUUAUCUCCAGUUGAAGCUCUGCAAGCAAUUGGAAACCGGGAGUCGUUUGAAGCUCAUCUGCUUUGUGGCAAGCUCAACAUGUCCCUGAAAAACUAUUCAGAAUCCUUGAACUAUGUUUUAAAGGCAACUCGUCUGCGUCCCCACUUUUCCGAAUGCUUCGGAUAUUUGGGAAAACUGUAUCCAUUGGCCACCGGGGAUUUAGCGCGUGCCCGUAAGUGCUAUGAAAAGUGUAUUAGCCUCAAUGCCCUAGCCGAGGAAGCUGUGGAUGCUCUCAGCUUUAUCUACCAGGAACUGGGCGAGGAGGAGUUAAACGAGACGCUGCUACUGAAUACCUUGCGGCAUCUAGGCAACGACGAAUCAAUCCGACUGCAGUAUAAGCUGGGACUGCACUUCUUGCAAGUGAAAAAGUGGGACAAUGCAAUUCAAUGUUUUCGCAUUGCCAUUAAGCAUGAAUCACGCUGUAUGGUCUACUGGGAGUCACUGGGCGAUGCUUAUGCGGCUCGUGGUUCCUACAACUCGGCCAUUCGGGUCUUCCAAAAGAUCCUGGAACUGUCCCCGGAGAAUAGUUAUGCACUGCUUCAGAUUGCUUCAAUUAAAACGACAAUUCGCAUGUAUCCGGAGGCUAUUGAAGAUUACGAUGCGCUGUUAAGGAUGAAUCCUAGUUACCUGCCUGGUCUUCGAGGAGCAGCUGAGGCGCAUUUUGGCAUGGCGCUUAGUCUGAAGACUCAGAAUCUGUACGGAAGAUCUAAGGAGCACUUCCAAUUGGCGUCCGGACACCUUCAAAGCGCCUUUCUUCAGCCAGAGGCUCAGACCAUGGUAUGGUUGUGGCGUCUCUCGGCCAGUGUAUUUGUUCAGACAGCCCAACUACCGCGUUCGUUGGCCAACCUCGAUGUGGCCGGCAGUCUGGCCAAGCGCGAUGAACCCAUUGCGUAUCUGUCUCGUAAGGAUCUCUUGCAGCUGGCGCAGCGUUUUUAUCUAUGCGCUUUAAAGCUGAAGCAGAAUACCUACUUGUGGUACGAGAUGUCUGUGGCCAGCUACUACAGUGCCAUUUAUAUUCCGGAAGAAGCAAAAAGUCAUUUAGAGACAGCUGCUAAGGUAUGCAAAAUGGCCAUAAAGGAACGUUGUAAUCGAUGGCAGAAUUGGAAUCUACUAGGGGUGAUUAACAUGCAUUCCGAAUAUGAAAAUCUGCCCUUGGCUCAGCACUGUUUAAUUCAGGCUGUGGAGCUGGAAAGAAAAUGUUAUACGGCGUGGACCAAUCUUGGUGUCCUUUAUAUUAAGUUGAACGAAAUCCGACUAGCCAACGAUGCUUUUACGCGAGCGCAACAGUCGAGUCCUGUGUAUGCCAAUGCUUGGAUCGGCCAGGCAAUGGUGGCCGAGACGAUUGGUGACCGAGAAGAAGCUUUUGACCUGUUCCGCCACUGCCAGCAAUUUGACUAUCAUCCGGAAGCAGCGUUGGGUUUCACCCACUGGGUGUGCGAAAUGCUGUCGGAUCCAAGCUCCCGGAAUAAGCCGCACAUCAGGCACGCUAUCGAGCAUAUGUAUGCGGAUGUCUAUGCACUGGAUGCCAUUAAUUGGUACGUGCAAAAUGAGGAGGCUGAUGCUAGUAUAGCAUCUCUGUCAUUCCAGGGAUUUUUGUACGAUAGGAAAAAGCUGUAUCAUCAAGCAAUUGAAACCCUUAACCGAGCCUGCAAGCUGUGCGAGCCUGGAGAGGAUCGUGAUAAGCUGUACACAAAUCUGGGAUACCUAUACCUGAAGAUUGACCAGCCAGAGCAAGCUGCAAAUGCGCUGAACACUGUAGCUCAUGCAUCAUUUAAGCCAAUUAUAGGUCUGGCCCAAGCCUAUUACCGUUCUGGUCAGCUGCAGGAAUCCUAUUCGAUUUACAACUCUGUUCUCAGUAACGUGGUUGGUCAUGAUGAUGACAAAGCUGCUACCAUUUUAGUGGCGAUGGCAUCGAUGAUUUACGCAUUCCAGGGAGAAGCGGACACCAAAACCCUACUCUAUCAAUGUGUUCUGUUGAAGGAAGUACCAAUUCAGGCUUUGUUUUCGGCCUUUGCCUUGGGAAUAAUUCAUAGAGAUAAUGAAUUGAGCCGGACAAUAAUGACGGAGCUAGAAGCAUACGCUUUUGAGGAGGAAUAUUGUGCCGAUAUGUCUUAUCUAAAGGCCUAUUAUAUAUUGAUAAAUGAAGGAGUCCGGCAGGCAUUGUGCUUUCUACAGACCCGUGUCCGCAUGUUUCCUCAAUCCACCAGUCUUCGAAGGGUCUUUCUUAAGUUUCUUCUUGACUAUUUCCACGACGAUCGAUCCUACCAACUGGUCACCUCAAAUAUGGCUCUGAAAGCUCUCACGCUGGGCCACACCAACCAGCAAAACGGCAUAUUGGCUAGCGAGGAAGCGCAGAUGGCAAUAUAUGCCAGCCAGGCGGUAAGUCCAGUGGACAAGGCCUGUUCAUUGAAGUUGGUACAACGUGCCAUUCGGCUGAGCCCAACUGAUCAGCAAGCCAGGCAAUUACUGUCCGUAAUCACUGCCCAUUAAGUUAAAUAUCUAAUAAAAGUAAAUUAGCGAUUUAAACUUA